ACAGCUUUACAAACAGCUGCGAAGGCUUGAGCAUUUCUUAAAUGCUUUGAACUGUUCAGAACAGGCUUGGGAAUAAAAUUUCAACAUUGUAACUUGUUUCUUGUAGUAUGUCAGCAGAAUUGACAGAAGUAGGUAGCUAUAGCUACUAAGUGAAUUUAAGCUUUGACGAAAUUUUCCCUUUUUGUUGAACGAAGAAGUGACUUCCUCCAAUUAAUUUUCGUUUGGCUAAGUCAAGACUGUUGAUAUUCGUCCAUUUCUGGCAGGCUAUUUUGCCUAUCGAAGCUGUAAGCGAUGCCUCAAGCAAUCGCUUUAUAUCCUUUCCAAGGAAGUACUGAAUAUGAUCUCUCAGUUAAAAAAAACGAGAUAUUGGAUGUUGUUAGUGACAAUGAAGAAGUCUUUUGGAUGGUGCGCAAUCGAUAUGGUCAAACUGGAAUGGUGCCAGUAACUCACUUGGCAGCACCUAUUUUUGACAAAUCUAUCAAGAUAUUAUCUCGAGGAAGGACGAUAACUGCACAUGAGAGCAAAGGAAAAAAUAUUUUGUCAGUUAGCAAAGGUCAGAAAGUCACAAUUUUUGACAAAAGUGGUAAUUAUUGGUGGUUUGUUGGAUUCCAGGGUCAAACUGGCUAUUUACCAAAAGAUAUUAUAAAAGAAUUAAAGGCACCUUCUGAAAAACACGAGUCAGAUUUGCAAAAGUUUGCAAUCCAAGAUAUUACGCCAUCAAAAGCUUUAUGUGAAGAAGAAACAGAUGUCCUGCUCUUAUUUCAAAAGCCUCUUCCAACCAAGGGACAGUAUUUUAUUAUAUUUAAAGGAAAAUGCAACAAAACAAAAGUUCUUGCUGAACGUCUCAAUGAUUUCAUCUUGAAAAUUAGCACGCCAAAAUAUUUUCCUGCUGAAAAGACAUCUAUCAUUAUCUGUCACAAACAAUCUGAGUCUCAUAAGCAACUUAUCUCCUUGUGUGUUGAAUUCGAGUUCGAAUCUAUCACAGAUGUCGUUGAACGCGUCCUACAUGCAAAGUCGGUUCCUGUAGAUGUUCCUCGACGGUUAUAUGAAAUUUUGGGAAAAUACAUGGAAGCACAUGACAUCACUGUAGAAAAGAGGAAUGAAACAUUCCUUACCGAAAAUAAUUAUACUACCUUUGAGAAAACAAUCGACAUGGAGGAUUAUGUUUAUGAAGAUAUUGAUGAAGAACCUGAGUAUUCAUCAAACAAUACUGAAGUCUUUAAAGAUAAGUUUCUUGACGAAGAUUACAACAUUCGAGAUGACAUCCAUGAUAUACUCAAAAAUUUUUCGUGGAUUUGCGGAGCUUAUGGUAUAGUGAGUCCAAACAAAAAUUUUGCAUUUGAACAUUUGUACAUCACAGUUGAUAACCAAAAAAAUUAUCCAGAAUCUAUUUUAACAAAAGAGAUUGAUGAUAUAUUUGGAUGGGAAGCUUCUAACUACAUAGAAUUGAAGUUUAUGCCAAAAAAACACCAACGUUUCGACCAUUAUCUAACCCCCGUUCUGAAGAUUGUGCGCUGCCAUUCAAUGGUGACAUUCACAUUCAAAAUAACGAUAGUUCUUGCAGUACUCUGACAAUGUUCUGUCGUAACAAAGGAAAGUAUUAUGCCUUGACAUGUGCACAUGUUGCUUGUGUCUCUAACCCAGGGAAUGAUUUUCUUCUAAAGAAUGAAAUGUCGAAAAUUGAUGAUGUUGUAAAUGCCCGCAAUUUAUAUGAUAGAAACGAGUACUUCUACAAACCGGCUAAAUUGAACAAGAAAAAACAACUGAAUACUUUUCCCUGCAACACGGUCAGUAAGUUUAACAGUGAAGCGGACAUCAUGUCCAUUCCUGUAGGAAAGAAAGAAGAUUUUAUGCAACUCGGGGGUGAUGAUAUGAAGAAUAUUGUUUUGAAUUUGAAGGAGAAAAAUGAAGAGCUUUACAAAGCAACAAAAAGCAAUGAGGGUUUGGUAGAAGUCUGUAUAAGUAAUUACACCAAGGGCUUUAUUAGUGAACGGAACUAUUCUUAUAUUGAUAAAACUUUGAAGAAACUCAUUUACAAAAAUGCCGUCAAGAUAAAAAGUAAAUCUUCAUUUCUGCAGAAUGGUGACUCGGGAAGACUCGUUUAUUUCAAAGAUCGAGAAAAUGUUUGGCAGCCAUUUGCUUAUGCUGUGUGUGAAAUAGAUGAUGAUGAUAGUGCUGUCUCAGAAAAAAGCUAUUUAUGCUUGAAAUUGGAUAAAGCGUUGAAGGUGCUUGACCUCAAGAGUUGCCAAUACUUCAACUGUGAUCGAUUCGUCCGAUGAAGAUAGUAGACAAGAUUAGGACCAUUCCGAUGAGAUCAGUGCAGGGGGCUUCGAAAACGUUUUUAAAAUAAUUGUAAUGAUAGAGUGUGUGAUUUUUGAAAUCGAGAUUCCCCAUUAUGGGUGAUGGAUACAAAUAAUUUUAAUUAUUGUGAAAUAUUAUAUAUGUAAUUUGAAACUGGCCAUGGGAACAUAUUAUAUUUUGGGCCAAACCUUGGUCACGGGAUACCUUGCUUAAGAUGAAAGCAUACUUCCACUUACAAUAGCUACAUCAACGAACCACACGCACACAUAUAAUGUAUAAUCCUUCAUUGUCACAUCGCUUUAGUUUUUAACCUAUUUCAAGUUUUUACUUAAUGAACUUGUAUUACAUAAUAAUUUUUAGUACUUUUUAAAAUGAUAAGAAUCACGACAAUUUUACAUACAUCUACAUUAGUAUGUAAGAUUAAGUCAGUAUAAAGUGUCUAUAAAUACUUAUCACUAUAAUUUUUCAACGUGCAAGUUAACGAGUUAAAUAGGGAAUAAAGUGAAAUAAACAUGAAAUAGCCCGCUAAA